UUAACCCAUUGAAGUACACUGGGAACUCCUAGCAAAUGGACAAAUUUAAAUUCUAUAAUUUGCCAAAAAAAAAAGUUUUAGUUAAAGGAUUAAUUUGGUCAAUGCUUGUCACUGUACUUCUCAGAGCUGACUUUAGUAUAGGGGUUGGGGGCCCUUAGGGAAUAAGAAGUGAGGGGGGUGUUCUCUUGUGGUGCAGCAGGUUAGGGAUUGGUCAUUGUCACUGCAGUGGCUUGGGUCGUUGCGGUGGUGCAGGUUUGGUCUCUAGCCUGGGAACUUCCACAUGCCAUAGGUGCAAUCAAGAAAAAAAACAGAAGUAAGGAGGCCCAGUGACAAAGCUCUUGGAUCCCCACCUCUAUCAGUAUAAAAGCUCAAUUUUUAUCUCUUUUUACACCCAAGAGUUCAGUCAAGGAAGUGAUUUCUCUGGCUGAAAAUAAUUUGAGAAUUACCUAUACAUAUAGCCAAGACCACUCGUUUCAUAAAUGACUAAGACAAAUGCCAAUUCUUAAUUUAGUGAUGGGCCUGGAGGCAGACCUUGGAGCACAUCUUUCUUCCCAGUGCUCUUACUCUCAGGGAACAAGUCAGGUGAGGAUUUUUUUUUUUUUUUUUUUUGAGUGACCAUAAGGAGAAACCAAUGAAGCCGAAAUUAGUGUGAGACGAGAUGUAAAUGAUGUACUGGAAAUAAAAACAUCAUCUACCAUUGUACUCCUUUCUUGAUACUGUUUCUAGUCAUACUGAGGAAUAAUUUCAUCAUCCAGCACAAGAAAGCGGUCAUGGGGGGAAGGUGAAAAGGCUUAGCUCCAUUUCCUUAUGUCACCAAAUAUAUUGCUAUUAAGAUUGAGAGAAGUAAAGCUUUCAGUAAGAUACUUGGUGAAAACUUGCUGACAUUAAUGACUCAAAAUCUCAGAGAGACUGCAAGGAAAAUGGUGUCAUCACUGUCAUUCAAGACACUUAAGAUGAAAUUUCAAAAGAAGGCUGUCAGGCAUAAUGACUGCCAGGUUCUAUUAUAUCAUCCUCAGAGGGUGGAUCACACAUACUACUAUGCAGCCUGUGGGUGGCUGAUAUCGAAGUUUGAAAGGGAGCUAGCUGCACAGAGAGGAGCGCAGGUGGGCGUAGGACCCAUGGGGGCUCUUCACAACCAGGAGACUCACCAGUGACAAUCACACAGUGACUUGGGGUAAAGCUAUGAUCCACAGCCUGGUCUUUCCUCUUGCUUGGAUGUGCUGAAACUUGACCUCAUCAAGACAGCUCAACAAGAUCAUGCUCUUAGUUACAGAGAACAGACUUGUGGUAGCCAAGGUUGGCAGAGGAGUGGGUGAAGAAAGAGUGGGAGUUCGGGAUCAGCAGAUACAGACUAGUGUCUAUAGGAUGGACAAACAAUAAGAUCCUACUGCAUAGCAUAGGGAGCUAUUUUUAACACCUGUGAUAAACCAUAAUGGAGAAGAACAUGAAAAAGAAUAUCUAUAACUGCUGUACAGCAGAAAUUAACACAUUGUAAAUCUACACUUCAAUAAAAUUAAAAAGAAAGAAAGAUCAUGCUCUUGGUACUGAACAAAACUCAGGACAGUCUAAGCUACAAAUGGUAGUGCCAGCUGACUAACUGGUCAUGAGAACCUUCCUCUCCAGUAACCAGAGGACCAUCCCUGAUGCAUUCCAGCACAGAGAGACCUGCAAAUCCCAGGCCAUCAUCAGAAGGCAGCUGUACAGAAUGGGGUCCACGCCCUUGUUCCCAACCUUGACUGUACAUUGCAAUCACCUGGGGGCGAUUCUACACUGAGGCCAUACACAGAAAUCAAAUAAAUCUAAAUCUCAGGAUUGGGACCCACACAUCAGCAUUUUUAAAAAUCGCAAGUGAUUCCAAUGAGCAGCUGAGAACAACUGGGUUAGGGCAAAGAGGUCAUUCAGGCCACAGUGAGGCUUUAGGCUUCAUUGUUUCCACACAGAGAUCCAUGGUGGGCAUGUCAUAGACCAGCAGAUUUUUUUUUUUAACUUGAAACAGAUAUAGGUUUGCCAAUUAUAUAAGUUGCCAAGCAAGGACAUUAAAAAUUUAACUACCAUUAUUUCAUUAAAGAAAGGAAGUCUUACAAAAAUUAGGAAGGAUCCAAUUUCAGAAUAAAAGAUGAACUCGCUGUGUUGUAUUUAUUUUUCUCAGGUUUCUACAGAUCAGGGAAAACUUCACUAUAGACUGAUGCAAACUUAAAGCUGAUGUGAUCCCCUUGCUGUCCACACCCCCAGUCAGAGCUUUGCUUCUUGGACAGCUUUAUGUACAUUUGGCUGGGUUUGUUCAUUAAACCAAUGUCCUAUGCUAACUACCCCUCUGCUACUACGUCUUUUCUUUUCUCUAGAGGUAUUAAUUGUAUUGAUUAAGUUGUAGGUAACUUCUGCUUCCAGGCUUGGACAUGUUCUGUCUCCUCCAAUUACAGAAUAUGCUGACUGAAUAAGCUCUCUGUAGACAUUUUAAUGUUUCCAGAAUGGGUGUGGCAUGUGUACCCCCACAUAACCACUUCCUGGGGACAAUAGAUCCCCCCUUGUUUUGCUAAUGGACAAUGUUGGCAAUCACUCUAAAUUCAGUGGCGAAUUCAUUGGGAAGCCAAGUAACCUGUGAUGAGUCGUUUGUUCUAUGUGCCAAGUUCCACAAAAUAAAAAGACUCACUUAUGUCGUAACUAAUUUUGAAUGCCUCUUUGGACUCCUGCAUGUGCCCUGUCCUUCUGUAGCCUUGGUUUUACACCUCCCCUCCUGCCCUGAAGGGACAGUGACCUCUUGAAUUGGGUCUGUAUUUUGUUGUCUAUCUUCAAUAAGACAGCCUCUGGCAAUGACUAAAAGAAGGCAGCUUUUAGAUUAAACCUCAAAAGUUCUCCUCAGAGUGCUUUUAACCUAGAGACUCAUUUAUGCCAAUAAUGGUGUAGAAUCUUCACUUAUUAACUUUUUCUAAGAUGGAUCAAGAGACUAGAAACUAGCAGAAACACAUGAUUUGACCAACUGUGAAAGUUCUGUUUGCAAAUGUCUAUGUUUCCUGAGCACCCACAACCAAUGUAAAACUAAAGAUGAGCCACUGGGCCCUGUUGCUCCCAGCCCGCCCUAACCCAAACUGAAGAGCGUGUCAUCUCUCCAAGGUCAAGGGCUGCGACAACUGGCACAUAAACUUCAGAAUUACAAGACCUGGAUUUGAAUCCAGUUCUCCUAUGCUUGUGGGCAAGUUGUUUGCUCAUUCUGAGCCUCAGUUGCCUUAUCUACGAAAUGGGGAUAUCACCACGAUCUGCUUCAUUAUCACCUAUAUGUUAAUUGUGAGAAUUAAUUUCGGUAAAACACUUAGAAAAGUAUCAGACAUACCAAUUUCUUACUAAAAGUUCACCUUGUAGCUCAGAGUCCAGCACAAUAACGUGGUAUAGACGUUCAGCAAAUGCGCACACACACACACACACACACACACACACGUGCAUGAGCGCCUGCUAUACUUGCAAAAAGAGAAAUGUCACUGGAAAUGCAGAGUUAAAAAGCUGUCACUGAAUUCUGAACUUCAGUUUUCAGAUCUUGACAAUUUAACCAAAUGCACUUUGCUGCUUAAUCUUGUUCCUGCCUUUCUCUCUUGUCUCUCUGACCCAUUACCUCUGCUGGGAUCCUCGCUUUUCAGUGAUGAAUUCUUAGAGCCUUCCAUCUGACCACAAUCCAUUAUUACCAUGAUAAUGCCUUUGUCUUCGUUACAGAUUCUGGUAUUUCUCAGAUCCAGAACCACAAUCCCUUGCCAUUGCCCCAAAGUAGCCAGAUGUUUUAAGGGAAAUUUAGAUAUUUGCACCUGCAUCUCCAUAUUUUUUGUGUGCCAGCAAAAAACUGAAUCAAAUUCUCUAUCAACACACUGGUUCCAAAUCAUGGAUCUGAGAUAAAAGGUGUUAGGAUCCCCAGUGGUUGGAAUAUGGAACUUCAUAUCCAUGCAGACCCCAUUUCAGUCCAAUAUUUUGUCCUGUGACAAUGAAUAUUUUUCAGAAUCAAUUAAUUGCAUAUAUGUUAAUUGCAUACAUAUAAUUGCAUAUGUAUAGUCAAUUAAUAGUCUUCCUACCUCUGCCAAAACUCCUCUUAUCUCCCCACCCAAAACAAAAACACAUCAAUAAAUGCACUUCUCAAGUUGCUGAAAAUUUACCAUAGAAGCCAAGCCUAUUUCUGAAAGUUUCAACUCACCCAAUCAGACAAAAGGCAGAGGAAAGGGGAGGCAUUUAUCAAGUUACACGGAGGACUUCAUCUGUUACCUUAGACUCUGUUACCAAGGGACAGAAGAGGAGAUACUUGAAGGCAGUUAGAAAGUUUUAUUUUACAGAUUCUUAGUCCAAAGAUUUCCAAUUAGAAGCAGCAGCCGAAAAGGAGAAAAAAGCAAGUAAGCGUGAUGAAGCUGCCUGCAUCCUGGCAUUCUGACCUUUAACCUGGUGAGAAACACCGUCACUGGUGAAACUGCCUAUACAGCUGGGAUCUGUCCUUUCAGCUUCCACAAUAAAUGCAGUCAAAGGGGCAGUCACUUCUCAUCGGUCACAAAGGGUCUUGUUUUUGAAGCUCACCCUCACAGAAGCCAUUUUUCAUCAUGCCAAACCAACAGAAGAAAGUCAUUUUUUGCAUGGCUGGGGUGUUAAGCUUCUUGUGUGCCCUCGGAGUUGUGACAGCCCUGGGGACCCCUCUGUGGAUCAAAGCCACCUUCUUCUGCAAAACUGGGGCUCUUCUCGUCAACGCUUCAGGACAGGAGCUGGACAAGUUCAUGGGCGAGAUGCAGUACGGGCUUUUCCAUGGAGAAGGCGUGAGGCAGUGCGGGUUGGGAGCCAGGCCUUUUCGGUUUUCAUUUUUCCCAGAUUUGCUCAAAGCAAUCCCAGUGAGUAUCCACGUCAAUGUCAUUCUCUUCUCCACAAUCCUUAUCGUUUUAACGCUGGUGGGGACAGCCUUCUUCAUGUACAAUGCUUUCGGCAAGCCCUUUGAGACACUGCACGGUCCACUGGGGUUGUAUCUUUUGAGCUUCAUUUCAGGCUCCUGUGGCUGUCUUGUCAUGAUAUUGUUUGCUUCUGAAGUGAAAAUACACCACCUCUCAGAAAAGAUCGCAAAUUAUAAAGAAGGGACGUAUGCCUACAAAACGCAAAGUGAAAAAUACACCACCUCAUUCUGGGUGGUAUUCAUUUGCUUUUUUGUUCAUUUUUUGAAUGGGCUUCUAAUACGACUUGCUGGAUUUCAGUUCCCUUUUGCAAAAUCUAAAGACACACAGACAACUAAUGUAGCUGCAGAUCUAAUGUACUGAAACACAUACAUUUUGGUAGUUUUCACCGUAAGGGGGUGGACUGGCUUUGGUCAUUUGGAUAUGGUUAAUUCUGUCCAUCCUUUUAGACACACAAAUGAAAGCACCAAAUCCUCGGUGAUAAUGUUACAAACUGUAUACUAAGGAUACAGGCUGGAAAGUAAGAGGAGCAGAAAGAAAAAUUUGGAAAGUUAUUUAACCUGGUGGGAAAAUGCUUCACCUGGGUUGUCAAGACAGUUGACUAGAAUGGACAAAUUGCUACUCCACAUCCACACCAGAGUGCAAAAAUGCCCGCUCCAUCAGGGAGGAAUCGAAAGGCAUGGGGAAUAUAUUUUACUACAAACAAACACUAUUUCUGAUAUAGCCAUACAUUUGUUGCCACAGGCACCAGCAAACAGACUUGAAACUGCUUUCCUAAAAUGAUACUGCAUUAAAUGAGCAUUGACAAAAAUAUAUCAACACGCUUUUUUAAAAAGUCAUUUAAAGUACAAUCUUACUAUCCAGACCCGUUGAUGAAAAUUUGUAAAACUCUAAAAGGAAAAAAGAAGAAACACAGUACUUUCAACAGACAUGAUUGCUGGGACUUCUGAGGAAUCGUGAAAAAUGAUCCUUCCCAGUAAAUUUGAUACAAAAUGAUUCGGUGGGGCUGUUGCCUCUAACUUUAGUGCCUUCAAGCACUAAUUCCCAAUUAUGAUAAUUAUAUGACAUUCUGGGAUUACGAUAGUAUCACUGUGUCAUCUUGAUUUUUGGUCUGUCACAGAGCAUGACCCAGGGUGAUUUUUUUUCCCCCAAAUUACCCAUGAAAUUGUUCUGCAGCUGACCAAACAAAGGCCACACUGAGCCUGGAACUGACCCCUCCUCUGUCCUCCACCCGCUGCCCGCCAAAAAAACACUCAGGAAGAGGCAGAGAAAGACAAAGAACAAACCACCAGGCCCCUCAUCACAGCUGCUUGGUCACUCAGCCCCUAUCCAAGAAGUUUUGAAAGUGCUCAUUUAAAAAACAAACAAACAAACAACCAACCUACUUCUUCUUUUUUGGAAUAAUUGACAAGAUACAAACAACUGUUUGUAUACCCAAAAAACAGCUUGCUCUGAUGGUGAUCUGCAGCCCAGAGGCUGACAUCAGAUCACACACUGCCUUUCCAGAUGUUAGCCUCUCUACCUUCAUUAGGAAAUAUACCUGGAGAAUUUCUGGAAGCCCACAAGUCAGUCUAGUGAUUUAAUAAAGAGCUGGUGGAGUUCAGUGCUGGAAGUCUUUGUGAAACAGUUAAACAGGGAAGCAUCUCAUGGUCCCACCUGCUCCCUCACACUGGAAUGGGCAGGAAACACUUUAGGAAUGAUCAGGCCACCAGGGUAAUUGGCUUGAGAUCCCAGAAGGCCCCCACAGUCUCAUCUGAGUCCUUCCCCUCUGUCUCUGUCUCAGAAUUUUGAAAAGCUUCUAACACCAAGCUUUCAUCUUUAGAAAACACCUCACUGGUUGUUCUCUGUUCUGUAAACAGAGAAAACUCAGAGCAGCGGCUGAAAAUCUGGCCACAGCCUAACAGGCCAACUAACGAUGUUCCCUGAUGGGAAGCAAAGGCAGGGCUGCUGGUCCCUGCGAACUGGGUCACACACAGAAAUAACGAGAUACAACCUGGGCCCACGGUGGACAGCACUUAAGCUGCCUCCCCCGCUUCUCUCAGAUGAAAAGUUUGUCUCACGUGGACUGCGAGUAACCCUGACAAGACGGAUGAGAUGGGGCCGUUCUCUGUGCCUCUCUCUCUCUCCCUCUGAGGAUCGGAGGCCCCGGGAUGACUAUCAUCUUCAUGAUCGCGCUGUGUCCCAUCUCCUGCCCCAGGUGGCAGCUGCGAUCUCACAUUCUUAUGGGGACGCGGGGCCCCCUGGUGGCUCUGGGGCGGUAAACACAGUGCCACGGUCGGGAGCGCCUUUCCGGUUUCCUUCCGCACUCUCGGCAGGAACCUCAGCGGUCACUCUGCUGCGGGAGAGAAGAGGAGGAAUCUGCCAAAGCCGGCUCCUUCGGGGCACAGCCAGCAGUGGACGGGCACUGGAGCAGGAGGAGGCUUCAUCACUGACCACGUGCAGACGGGGUGGGGGGCGCUUUCCCUCUGUGCGCACUUUGCAUUUUACGAAGGUCUUUUACUCUCAGGGUCCCACCUGCUCCUUCAAAGCAGCUGCCCUCAGGUCACUUUACCAGCAUUCAAGGCGGAGCAGUUUGGCUGGCGCCUCACACAAUCCUAGGGCAAUUCCUAUCCUCUCCAGAGACCCGUUUACAGUGGAAAGGGGCUGCUUCUCAAAGCUCUGGUGGAAGGAGGAGGGGUCCACACUGGCAGCACCAGGAUACACCAACUAGGAUGGGCCCAC